AAAACUAUAUCUCCAUAUUUGUAGUUUACAUGGAUCGUAGCCAUGACGUUGAAGUUGGAGCUUUUGUCCAAUCAGGAGCUUCGCCUGUGAGAACUAGGAAGCAGCUGCUCCCGGAGAAAACACCAGACUAUUACCUGAUGGCUACCGGCGUCUAACGUAAUAUCGCCAAGGCUGCUGGGAAGAGUCGAAGUACAACAUAUUGAACGUUAGAUGUUUCUGAUGAAGGCAGGUUGUCGGACAUUAAAUAUCAUAUUCUUUGUGUCCUGUUAUUCCGUUGUGUCGGUUAACGACGUCGUCGGCUAGCAGCUCAGCUGUCAACCGCACUUAGACCGUUGUCAUGUUUCUGACUCAUGCGGAGGUAUGGAGAACAUACUGGGAGUGUGUUUCCAGGCCAUACACGGUGAUCAUCUGCUCCCUCACAGCCACAAUGUACUAUCUGUGGGGCCGCGAGUGUCAGAGACCAGCUCUGGUUUGCAGUGAGGCUUUCAGUGCAUUCCUCUUCAAGCACUGUCCUGUGGUAGCUGAGCGCUUCAGUCCCACUCCGUGGUGCUGGGGAGGCCGACUUCAAACGCUGGUCUGUGCUGCCCUCAAGUCCAGACCCCCUGUCAGUUAUCGCAAUGAGCUGAUCCGUACAGUGGAUGGUGGUCAGAUCUCUCUUGACUGGUUGGACAAUCAGGCCAGUGUGACCUACCCAGAAUCCUCCACGCGUCCCACAGUGCUCAUCCUCCCCGGGAUUACAGGAAACAGCCAGCAGUCCUAUGUGCUUCACGCCGUUAGCCAGGCCACACGCCACGGGUACAGAUGUGUGGUCUUCAACAACAGAGGUCUUGGAGGGGAGGAGCUGCUGACACCAGUCACCUACUGUGCUGCCAAUACUUCAGAUCUUGAGUGUGUGGUGCAGCAUGUCAAAGGGCUCUACCCCAGUGCUCCUGUGCUUGGGGCUGGUGUGUCUUUGGGAGGCAUGGUGUUGUUAAACUACCUGGCCCGUAAGCACACCGAGUCAGGAUUGGUUGCCGGCAUCACCAUCUCGGUACCCUGGGAUGCACGUAAGUCCUCUGACUCGAUGGAGGAACCGCUCAACUGGCUGCUCUUCAACAGGCACAUCACGAGAUGCUUGCACCGCGCUGUCACCAGGCACAGGAAGAUUUUAGAGAAAGUGGUGGAUGUUGACUAUGUCCUGAAGGCUCGGUCCAUCCGUGAGUUUGACGAACGCUACACGUCUCUGAUGUUUGGUUAUAGCUCAUGUAUGGAUUAUUACCGCGAUGCCAGCCCAGGCAAAAAGCUCCCCAAUACAGCCGUACCCAUCCUGUGUCUCAAUGCCGCUGAUGACCCUUUCUCUCCACAAACUGCCUUCCCGGUGUCCGUAGUUCAGGAUCUUCCUAACGUCGCCCUGGUAUUGACGGCACACGGGGGACACAUUGCCUUCUUGCAGGGUUUUUUUCCUCUAGGCGAGAGCUAUAUGGAGCGCUUGUUUGGCCAGUUUGUGCACGCAGUCUUUGAACACCGGGAGGAAAUGAAGCAAGCCUGUGGUAUCAGAGAGGAGCAAAUGAAGGACUAACGAGCAAUAUGAAGGCACUUACACUGAAGUAAUACAACAUUUGCAGCUGCAACUCUGCUCAUCUACCUCAUGACCUCAGGUUCAUGUUCAAGUCAUGUAGAAAU